GCCGAAUAAGGGUGACCAAUGGUAUGCUGUGUGCCUAAAAAGCGGUAUAAAAAAUUGUUUUAACAAAAAAAAAUAAAUUCGCAAAAAAAGGAAACGAAAAGAAAAAAACACGCAAAUCAGUGAACAGAAACAUUGACAACGCCUUGGAAUUAGUUCGUGUGGCGACUACUACAACAACGACGGGCUUUAAAUGGAUUCCACAUCGGUUCCGCCGCCGGCAGUGUUAACACUUAACAAGGCUAACAAAGCUAACCAAGCGAAAUGCCGAGCUUGUCUCUCUGUGAACCGUAAGACUGUGAAACUGGACGCAAAAAUGCCAGAUCUGCAGAAGCCCAGCACCUAUGGUCAGGGUCUGCGUCGGUGUACCAAUUUGGAACUGAGUGUUAGUGUCACCGCCAGUGGCUAUAAAUUUCCAAUGCAAAUCUGUAUCCGUUGCUGUCGAGCUCUUGAGGUGGCCAUGCAUUUUGUCGAAAUGGCUUUGGACUCACAUAGCAAGCUUUAUGCCGAAUCCCAGAGAAUCAAACCAUCUGCAUCUACGGCUGCGGAAACUAUAGUGGGUGAACUGAAGCGAAAGGCCAGCGACGAGUUGUUACACUGGAAUCAAUUUAGUCAGGAAUUUGAGCAAUUCGUGGAAAGCUAUGACGGAGUGCCAGGUCCCAUAGAAGAAAAUGUUCUAUAUAUGCGAGGAGCCAAAAUGCCACGUUUAGAUUCUGAUGUCAUGAGCAGCAGCAAGCCGCCAAAGGAGGAUGACAUCAUAUUGUUUGAUGUCAAAUAUGAUACCAACAAUCAAGAUGCAGAGGAUGAAAACGAUGGUUCCGAUGCUAAGAACAAUGAAACAUUCUUUGAAAAUAGUAUUAUAAAUGGCCAUGGAGAAGUUGAUGUAGAGUCAGGAGCUGCCAGCACCAAGAGCAGCGAGAAUAACAACAACAACAAUAAUAAUAAUUACAAAUUUAAUAAUAAAAAUGGCGACAUGUCUGGUCUGCCUGAUGUUGAAUGUGAUUUGAUCGAACGUGCUAUCUACAUGACACUCAACGAUGUUCCCAAUUCAGAUCAGAAGGAAGAGAUAAAAUUCAGCGAUACCAUGACAAAUGAAUCUAGUAGUGCUACUCCCACACACACAAAAGGCUCUGACAAUCUGGAUGAAGCCAUAAAACCAGCUUCACCUCCCACGCAAUUGCCAACAUCUUCAGCAGUUUGGACGCCACUGCAUAUUCCACUUCUUAGUUGCAAUAUAUGCAAUUAUACGCACAAAGAAGCCAAACAGCUAAGGAAUCAUUACAUGACUGCCCAUAACUUUGAUAUGCACGAAGAUGAUAUAAUUGGUCUGACCAAAAAUCAAAGCUUCAAGUGUCGUCCUUGCAAUAGUUAUGAGACAAAAAACCGUGCAGAUAUGCAAAAGCAUCUAAUUGAUCAUCAUAAAAUUGACGGCGAUUUUGAAAUGUUUUGCUAUGUGCAGCAGAAUUGUCCAGCCUGUGCACGCGUCUUCAAGGAUCAGCGCUCGGCCAGAACGCAUUACACAAGAAUGCACACACAACCACAUAGUGAAAUCUCAGAGCAGCAGCAGAUAUACAAAUGCACUGCUUGUGAUAAGGUUUUCAAUCAAAAGUACGGGCUAAAUGCCCAUCAGCGAUUCUGCCAGGAAAAGGAACCUGUACAGUGUAAUUUCUGUACGGAACAAUUUACCAGCAUGAGGAGGUAUGAGGCCCAUUUGCAGCAACAGCAUUCGGUGGAUACAUUGCAUGAGUGUGAGAUAUGUCAUAAGAAUUUCAAGAAUGCCGAAACUCUAGCUAUCCAUCGUAAACGUCAUUCGGAGCGACAUUAUCAGUGUGACAAGUGUUCACUGAACUAUAUCAAUGCGACUGAACUGCGCACCCAUUAUGAACGUGCUCAUGUCCAGCAUGAGACGCUGGUCAGUUGCCAGAGUUGUGACAGUAAGUUUCCAAAUUUCGCCCUACUACGAGAGCACGAGCAGAGGAAUCAUCAGAAGCAAAAAGUCUGGCGCUGUGACAAUUGCAGUUUCGAGACCAGGACUCGAUUCCUUUUGCGUCAACAUCAGUUUGAGCAUAUGGAUUACCCUUAUAAGUGUAUUAAAUGUGCCGAGGAAUUUGUCGAUCGUGGAAAAUUUCGUUAUCAUUCGAAGAAGUUACAUGGAAUUGACCUAACCGAUGACCAAUUGGCUGAGAUGUUUCGCGAACGCACUGGCUAUACAAAUCGUUACGAUAUAUUCAACAAGACGAACAAUUCACUCGAAAUUCCCGGAUUUAGCGACGACUGUUUCAAUGAACUGAGAGAUCUAGGAGUUGACUACGAUGAAAUCACGAAUGAUCUCUUUGCAAAUUCCGCUGCCCUGGAUAAUCUGCUCGAUCUUAUACCAUAAACUGAGAGAGAGAAGGAAAACUAAAAAGGAUUCUCCUACCUGAAGCAACAAGAGCUAGAAGACUGGACUAAACUGAAAUGAACUGAAUUUUACACACCACAACCACAUACAAAACCGACUACAUUUUACAUCUUAUGUUUUAAUCUGUAACCUUACUCAGAGAAUUCACACCAAACUGUAUACAAUCCAAACUUACUACAAUCCAUGGUAGUUUAGUUUUGUUCUUUGUUUUUGAAGUGCAUACAAACAUCCAUAGAAAAAUUCCCAAAUAAAUCACGAACAUAAUCAAGCGUUUCAGAAGCGCAACAAA